AUGCCGAAUUAUAUCUUCUGGCCAUACGAGUCAUUUUUUGAGAAGUCUGGUGCCGAAGGGGCACAGGUAGCCUUGGCAAUCUCUUUUCAAGAGACUCAUUUUGUCGUCUUGGGUGUUUGUAGCUCCCAGCACCUGGAAAAGGUAAUCAUACGUCCACCGUAUUAUAUAUUAGCUACGAGAGAAUUUGGGGAGAAUGACUGGGACUACAAAGUUUCCGAACCCUGCAAUGUUCACUUUAGGAUACCCAGGUUGAAGUAUAUGCAAUUUUAUUCUUCUGACCCUAUAUCACUCAUCAUACCAGAAAAGGCAGUCGAUCUUCAAAGCAGUGUGGGAGAAACCUUAAAUUUUACCAAAUUAGAGGAGCACCCAAGGUACAAGAGUGACAACAAGAAGCUAAGGGAAACUUUAAAUAUAAUCAACCUUUUUCCUACAUACAGUAAAUCAUUGAGUGACCUUUAUCCAUUUGUUCAAACAUCACAGGAAAAUUUACGAGACACUAUAUUUAGUGAUGUUGCGACCUGGUACUCCUCUACUUAUGUUUAUCGGCUAUCCACGAAUAUCUGCGUUUAUAUGACACUAAUAGUUUGCUCCAUUGCUAGUUUUGUGUCUUCAUUUUUGAAUUAUCCGCACUUCCAAUUAGUAAAUUACUCAGCAUUUGUGCAGCAAAUAGAUCUUCGAUGCCAACAGAUUUGCUAUUUUCCUGUGCAGUAUGAGCGUAUUAACAUGAAGGAUACCAUACGCAAAGUUGAACCUAUCAUAAAGCAAGAGAAUAUUGCUGCCGAAUUGCCGAAUUCAAGUAUGCCUUGUAAGUAUUAUCCCGAUUAUAUUUUAUUUUACAAUACCAUUUGGCUUAUUAUUAACGACAUCUCCUUUGGCCUAAUAUUAGGAGCUAUACUUACAGAGAAUCGGAAUUUUUUGGUGUCAACAUCCCAUAGAUUAUUAAAGUUUUUCUUAUAUGAUUCACUGAAAACGAUAACCGUAUUGCUAGCAAGCAAUCCCUUUGGUAUCAAAUUGAAUGCAGAACUGGCAAACUUUUUGAGUGAAUUGUUCCUUUGGGUCAUAGAAUUUUCUUAUAGCGCUUUCAUAAAAGUUCUCAUUGAUCCAGAAACCUUGUCAAACUUGCUCACGGUGAUGAUAUACAUGAUGUUUCUCGUUGGUUGCUCCUUUGGCGUUUCGUUAGCAAUUGAUUUUUUUGCGAUCCUAAGUUUUCCAAUUUAUGUGUUUUAUCGUAUCAGCAGUAAACUGUACCACUGCCAGCUAAAUAUCAUGGGCAGUCUUUUCAACUUAUUUUGCGGUAAGAAGAAAAACAUUUUACGAAACAGAGUUGAUCAUAACUAUUUCCAAUUGGAUCAACUGUUAUUGGGAACGUUGCUGUUUAUUAUUCUGGUGUUCUUAACUCCUACAGUUAUGGCAUUCUACAUGUCAUACACGGUUUUGAGAAUGCUAACAAUAACUAUUGAAAUAUCUUUAGAGGCUAUUAUUGCGCUCAUCAACCAUUUCCCUUUGUUUGCAUUAUUACUGAGAAUAAAGGACCCUAAACGCCUACCGGGUGGUAUUUCCAUAGAACUCCAAACCACAACCUCAAGCAUGCCUACUACGUUGGAACUUAAAAACAAUCCGAUUAAAUUUAAAAGCAUGUUCAAGCCGUAUAGCCUAUUGUUGGCGCAAAUGACAACGAAUUAUUUUUCAUUUGUCACUGUACGGCAAAUUGUUCGAGGAGAGUCUAUAAUGGUCAACAGGAAUAAGUUAUAUCACGUUCUAUAUUCUGCAUUGCCAAGUAAGCCAUUAGGUGCAAGGGCUUUAUAUAAAAGGCUGAUCACACAAGCAUAG